AUGCACCGGUUCAGGUGGAUGCGGAACGCGCCGCUGAGGCGGUAUUCCAAGUUGGGUAACCAAUUUUGGGGUAAAACGGGCGGAAAAGUUAGCACCAAAACGGAUUGCACAGUGAACGGCACCCCCCUAUGUAGACACUUCUCCAGCAGCGAAAGCGCCAACCUUAAGAAGAAUCCUUCCACGGGGAUGAAAGGUACAGAUGCUACCGCCGCAAGUAAACGAGACGAAAAGGGAAGUAGCACCAAGAUGGGAAAAAUAUCGCAAGUCAUAGGAGCCGUGGUGGAUGUCGAAUUUGAGGAUAUCCCUCCCUCCAUUCUAAACGCACUGGAAGCAGAUCUAGACGAUAAAAAAAUAAUUCUAGAGGUCGCACAACAUUUAGGAAACAAGGUAGUGAGGACCAUCGCCAUGGAUGCAACGGAUGGGUUAGUCAGAGGACAAAAGGUUCUAGAUAGUGGUAAGCCAAUAUCAGUACCGGUAGGGAAAGAAACUCUCGGAAGAAUUAUGAACGUCAUUGGAGAACCAAUAGAUGAAUGUGGAGACAUAAAGUGUAAGAAAACUUUACCCAUUCAUAGGGAGCCACCAUUAUUCACAGACCAGAGUACAGAACCUGCUCUCCUAAUUACAGGCAUUAAGGUGGUCGACCUAAUCGCACCAUACGCUAAGGGAGGUAAAAUAGGUCUCUUCGGCGGAGCAGGGGUGGGAAAAACUGUUCUAAUCAUGGAGUUAAUUAAUAACGUAGCGAAGAAGCAUGGUGGAUAUUCCGUCUUUGCUGGGGUUGGGGAAAGGACAAGAGAAGGGAACGAUUUGUACCAUGAAAUGAUAACUACUGGAGUUAUUAAAAAAAAAAAAAUUGGAAAUGGAGAAUACGAUUUUAAUGGGUCAAAGGCGGCUUUGGUAUAUGGCCAGAUGAAUGAACCUCCAGGAGCUCGUGCAAGAGUUGCCCUAACCGGUUUAACUGUGGCAGAAUACUUUAGAGAUGAAGAAAACCAGGAUGUGUUACUCUUUGUAGAUAAUAUAUAUAGGUUUACUCAGGCAGGGUCCGAAGUAUCUGCUCUGUUAGGACGUAUACCUUCAGCAGUUGGAUACCAACCCACUCUAUCCACCGAUUUGGGAGCUCUACAGGAGAGAAUUACCACCACGAAAAAUGGCUCCAUUACAUCUGUUCAGGCGGUUUAUGUACCUGCAGAUGAUCUGACAGACCCUGCACCUGCAACGACCUUUUCUCACCUUGACGCAACAACUGUGCUGUCUAGGUCUAUUGCUGAGUUAGGUAUUUACCCUGCUGUCGACCCUUUGGAUUCCACCUCCCGUAUGUUAACACCUGAUAUUGUCGGUGCAGAGCAGUACGAAGUAGCCAGAAAUGUACAACAGAUUUUACAGGAUUAUAAGUCAUUACAGGAUAUCAUUGCCAUUUUAGGAAUAGACGAGCUGUCUGAACAGGAUAAACUAACAGUCGCCAGGGCUAGGAAGGUGCAGAGAUUCCUGUCCCAACCGUUUGCCGUGGCUGAAGUGUUUACUGGUAAACCGGGUAGGUUUGUCGAAUUGGAAGAUACCAUCAAGGGAUUUUCCGAGCUGCUCAAGGGAAACUGUGACGACCUCCCCGAAAUGGCCUUCUAUAUGGUGGGCGACCUGGAGGAAGUGAAGUCCAAGGCGGUGGAAAUGGCCAAGCAGGUUUCGUGA